AUGAUAAGUAAUACUAAUAAUAAAUCUGAUCAAAGCGAAACUCUUGCUCAAGUAUAUGAAGUAUUUUUAUAUAAGAAGGAUAUAAUAGCAAUUCAAGAAAAACUCGGGGAAACACUUGUUGAUUCAUAUAAGUUGUUAUUACAUUUGGUGGGAGAUUUAAUACCGAUACAGGAAAAUCUCAACAUUGAUGGCAACCCCAUUCUGGCAGUGGAAUAUAAUAAUGUGGCAAAUCAAAACAAUAGAGGUUCUUCCGAUUUAUCACUUUCGAAAUUAUUUAAUUUGCUUUUAUGGUUGGAAGAGGAUAUAAUGGCAAUUCAGGAAGAACUUGGUAUUGUCGGUUAUACUAAUCAAGAAAUGGCAGAAGAAGCCGAUAAAAAUGCGAGGGUAUACCUCCGAAAGUGA